CCUCUUUGUUUCAGCCGAACAGUUUUCACAGUGACACAAAACAAUCCCAACAGUGGUGGAUGGAUGUGCGGUAGGGUAUAAUAUCAAGGCUUUAUAGUUAAUUUUAGUCAGACUAUAAUUUGUCUCAGGUCGGUGUCUUUGUAUGGCAAACACUGGUGUUAAUACCAGGUUGAAGUGAAGCAAGAUAACGCUUCCUGUCUGGUCGAAGCUAACUGAGGAGUUAGCUAGAAUGCUAACAUGAUGCUCAACCCGUCAGUCGGUCUACCAGAUGACCGAAAGUCCUUGUACCCUCAGUCCCAAAGUAGUGCAUACAAAUGCGGCGACAAAACCAGUCCUAUUAGCGUCAUACUGGUUAGCUCUGGAAGCCGAGGGAACAAACUCCUUUUUCGAUAUCCCUACCAAAAGGUCGCUGAGUGUCCGUCAUCUCUCUCAGCAAAACAGCGGAAUCCAUAUGUGCUGAACACAUCUGGGGAUGAGCUCGAUGACCAGGAUGGUGAUUCAAGAGAGCAAUCUCCACUAACUGACGAACAGUUGGUAGCAGGGUUCUCUGACAUCAUCCUCUCCACAAUCCUGGCCACCAAAUCUGAUAUGUGUGGAAAGAAGUUUGAACUGAAGAUAGACAAUGUUCGAUUUGUGGGCCACCCCACCCUCCUUCAGCAUCCUCCUAUCAUCCAGGUUUCUAAAACAGAUCCUUCACCCAAGAGAGAAAUGCCAACAAUGAUCUUGUUUAAUGUGGUGUUUGCACUCAGGGCAAAUGCUGACCCAUCCGUCAUCAGCUGCAUGCACAACCUGUCACGCCGCAUUGCCAUUGCUCUGCAGCACGAGGAGCGCCGCUGCCAGUACCUGACCCGCGAGGCCAAACUCAUGCUGGCCGUCCAGGAGGAAAUUACCACCAUGACUGAGACAGAUGGAAGCCCCCAGUCCCCAUUUAGACAAAUUCUUCCAAAAUGUAAGCUAGCAAGAGACCUGAAGGAGGCGUAUGACAGCCUUUGUACAACCGGUGUGGUGCGACUUCACAUCAACGACUGGCUGGAGGUGAGCUUCUGUUUACCGCACAAGAUCCACAAGAUUGGUGACACCUAUAUCCCCCCAGAGGCAUUAGAGCGCAGCCUUAAGGCCAUAAGACCCUAUCAUGCCCUGUUGCUUCUGGAAAAUGAGAAAACACUCCUCAGCCAGCUUCCCCUGGACUGCUCCCCUGCAUUGAUCCGCCUGAUUAAAACCUGCUCAGCAGUGAAAAACCUGCAGCAGCUGGCACAGGAUGCUGACCUGGCCUUACUUCAGAUCUUUCAGAUUGCUGCUCAUUUGGUUUAUUGGGGCAAGGCAAUUAUCAUCUACCCACUGUGUGAGAAUAAUGUCUACAUGCUGUCUCCGCAUGCCAACAUCUGCCUAUAUUCACCACUGGCUGAGCAGUUUGCCCAGCAGUUUCCUGGUCAUGAUCUGCCCUCUAUGUUAGCCAAGUUCUCACUGCCUGUCUCACUGGCUGAGUUUAGAAAUCCCCUGGAAGCUCCCACACAGGAGUUUAUCCUAAUGCAGUUUGCUGCUCUGCUGGUUAACCAGGCCCAAUUAAUCCAGAUGGUGGUUUGGAUGCUGCAGCGCCGCCUCCUGAUCCAGCUGCACACUUAUGUGUGCUUGUUGGUACCACCCAGUGAGGAUGAGCCUGGGCUGAGGGAUGAAGACCCUCCGCUGGCUGCCCGAGUAGGAGGUCGCAGUCUCAGUACCCCUAGUGCGCUCAGUUUCGGCUCACCAACCAGCAGUGAUGACAUGACUCUAACCAGUCCCAGUAUGGAAAACUCCAGUGCAGAGCUGCUAACUGGUGGAGACUCCCCACUCAACAAGAGGAUGACUGAGACACUGCUCGCCAGCCUGUCAGAGCACGAGAGGCAGUUUAUUCUUAACAUCCCCGCUGCACAAAAUCCAGAGGAUCUGCGGAUGUUUGCCAGGCUACUGCACUAUUUCCGAGGACAUCACCACCUGGAAGAGAUUAUGUACAAUGAGAACAUGAGGCGCUCGCAGCUAAAGACGCUGUUUGACAAGUUCCGCAGUGUCCUUGUGGUUACCAACCAUGAAGAUCCCAUUAUUUCAAUCUUUCAGUCACCAAUGGAGUAGCGGUGCAGAGAGCGUUUCAGCAACUGGAAAAUGUGUCAGUUUAGGAGAAGUUAAUGGCCUGCUGGGCUCACAGCUAAGUGGUCAAAGACGUUUUAAAACAAAAUGCCUUGACUGCAAAAUGUGCGCAAGAUGUUUUCUCUGUAUGAGCCAAAUGUUUGUUUACAGUAAUAAAUUAUUUUGUACAUACCA